UUAGACGAAAUGAGACAGAUAGAGGUUGAAUGCAUGCGCGAGAGGGUGCUCGUUUUGCCGUUUAGACGAGGUUGACUUGAGAUUGCCACAAACAGAGUAACGAAAUACGAAAAUCUCCCAGUAUCAAUAGCUCUCAUUGCCAUUGGGGUGUCUGUGCUAAAGGACGGGCAGUGCGACAAAGUGUGCAAAUGAUGGAAAAGAUGUGCAUGUAGCAUAUUUUAAUGAAGCAUUUGUGCCCUUUGAGCAACAGUGAAGUGAAGAUAUUAUAAGUGAUUAUUAGAAGAAAUACGUAUCGUAUCGAACGAAUUUGUGAAAAAUUAGUAUUCCGCUGAGUAGCAGCGUAUAGUGAUUUGCCAUUUGUCACAUAAGAACGAUUUGGCCGCAUCGCUCGUAGACGCAGAGACAGUGGAGCGCCUUGAAAUCAAUAAAUGGUGCUCGAGUCCAGUGACCAUAUCGGGAGCCGAUGGCACGGCUGCUUGCUAACUAUGUAUGACUAAUCUUCGCGGGGAAUCUGUCUGCAGAUCGAUGCCACGGCCGCCAUCGUUACCACCUUGUACCUUGUCUACGACGCCAGUCAAAGGAGGAAAAACAGAAAACUUUGUAACCUCUCCUUGAGGUUGCGCUUCCUCUGUUCUUUGCACGUUUCCAGCUCUCUGGCGAGCUCUGCCUUUCUCUCUCCUUCUCUCAUUCUCUACUCCAAUACCAAUACUUAUAUUCCGGCACGUGCUCUUAUGCCACUAAAGUACUCUCUUCGCGACAACCACUACCAGCUGUACCACCGUCAAAACUACUGACAUCAGCCGGCCUUAGUUGUGGUAGCAGUUUGUGGUGCCCGAGUUUCUUUCGGUCCGGAAAUCAGGAGCUUCAGCAGAGCUUCAUUGUUAGAACGUGUUUUCAGAUUGCGUAGCAGAAUCCUCGCGACAACGUUGUUAUUAGAAUAGAAUUUUGAAACAAAAUCCCGUUCGAAAUGGAUCGAAAACAGUGGUUGUUACUUCCCUUAGCUUUUGUAGCAGUGUUUUGGUUUUGGAUCCCACAGGUUUCCGCUGAAUGCCAGACACGCUCGAUCUACUGCUACGAGUGCGACAGCUGGACAGAUGCUCGCUGCAAGGACCCAUUUAACUACACCGCUCUACCCCGGGAUCAACCGCCUCUAAUGACCUGCAAUGGCUGUUGUGUGAAAAUGGUGCGCCACUCUAGAACACCUUACGAGGUCGUGAGACGAAUGUGCACAUCACAGUUACAGAUUAAUCUGUUCAUGGUAGAUCAUGUGUGUAUGAUGGAAAGUUCUGGCAAUGGUCAUAUGUGUUUCUGUGAGGAAGAUAUGUGUAACUCCAGCCCAAGCUUGCACUCCGCAGACCACCGCUGGCUGAAUAUGCACGCGUGCAUCGGUAGCGCGCUCGCCGUUUAUUUGUUACAGCUAGUGCAAAGAGUCUUUCGGUAAGCCUUCCGCAAACUGCACACUACACUAAUGCAGCCCAUGGAAUAUUUUCGGUUUCUCGAGCUGAUUGGUCUAUUUGCCUCCUACCCCUUACCGAUUUCAAAAACCCUACCGGUCAAGUAAAUCAUUCUCCCUCUAUCCUUAUUCCCUCCAUCGUAAAAUCGUAUUCCUAUUCCGUAUUCCUAUCGGUAACAGUAGUCCAUAAGCGAGGAGCUAUUUCACGGAUUUACAUAUGACUGCGGUUUGCGGAUCAAAUCGAAGGACUCUUCUACCGAUCGCUAUCAAUUCGUAGUUUCGACGCGUUCGUUCUUAUUUAAGCUUUCAACGCUCAACCAUUUUUCCGUUUAUGUUUCGCUCCUCCCGAUCAGUUCGAUCAGUUCAAGUUCGGAUAACUAGUCAUCCAAUGUAGUCACACAGUAUAAACGCACACACACAUACAUACUCAAUUGCACACCUUCUGAAACGAAGCAAAUACAUCAUGCGAAUCAAUAUCCGGUCGUCUCGGACAAUGGACGGAAAUAAAAUACGUGUAUAGGCACGCGUCAUUACGAAUCGUUCAAACGCACUCCCAAAGGUCAUACUCACGAUGCAGCUUGAUCCAUGAUCAAUUCACCAUUCUCAUGUAUCUUAGAUAGAGAACGAAAGCAAGCUACUCCUUGCAGCAAUACUCAUGUGCUCGACGCGUUGCGACCCUCUCGUAUAAUAGCGCGAAUGAAGGGGCAUCGGCAAGAUGCACUCACUAACCUCUCAAUCACGAGCUCAAUGGUAGCAAACAUUUAGUUUCAAUUCCCGUUCUACUAGUCCUUUCACUUCACAAUUGAUCCCUCCUGAUUCCCUACUGAGUCUAUCCAUUUUUCAUCGUUCAUGAUUUCUUUAGUAAAUGCGUUAGUUACACAACUGAACUUUUUUAUCUUUCAUUUCCUUAAGCUUCGAUGUUCUAUUCAGUAGUGUUAAGUAGCUAUUUUGCAUCUGAAAAGUUUUAUGAUAAAUAUUAUAUUUUCCAUAUGAAAAAGAUUUGAAGAUCUUUUUUUUUUGUUCUUUACCUUUUAUAUAUUAUUUGUUUUAGUUUGAGCUCAUUUUUGAUUACAUUUGGAAUACAAUUAAUUUUGUCCAUGCCCAAUAGGAUGUAAGGUGCCCGAAAUACUGCAUGGCAAUUUUAUAAAAACUUUCCCAGAGUUCAAGUACAAUUAGCUCUUGCUUAUAUUACUUGAGAACAUAUGCAUAAUUGUAUUUUUCCCACACCAGGUUAACCAUGCACCAUUUCACAUUUACCUCCUAUUUUCCUUUCAUCUCAAAACUAUUGUUAUGUGAAUAGCACACACCUAAAUUACACCGUUGUUCGGAAAGCAAUAAUAUUUUCUGAUUAUACUAGCUGACCAUACGUAUACUAUAAAUGAAUGAUUGAAUUUUUAUUAAAGUUUAAUCAAUGAUACUUUGAAUGGCAGCAUAACGCAAACAUAUUUUAACGGUUACAUACUAACGUGAAGUUGUGUUAUUUUAAAGCAUAAAUUCCAUUGCACCCGCGUCUUUCAUCUUUGAAUAGUUUAAUCGAAUUGAAAAUAAAGUAAAUGAUAACGAAAAACAGAUUCCUAGUUGAGUCUAUUCUAAAUAGUAUGCCAACCGGGGAUACCAGUGGUCAUACAUUAACAUUUAAAAAAAUGGUACAGUUUAUAAUUUCCAAUCUGAGAUCUAUUGCACCGCACAACUCUCACUGCAACAUGUAUAGAUUUCCAUGUACAUAUAUGGAUUUUUUUGUCAAUAACUCUAUCUUUUACAAUUUAUUAAAUUGACCUAACACAAUAAUUGCUUACUGCAUGAUUAGACAUCAUUUAAUGACAUUAGUGGGACUUCUUGUCUUUUACAUUUCGUUCAUUAUCUACUUUGAACCACACAUUCUGUAAGUUUUUUUGUUAUGAGUGUGGAAAAUGUUUUGAAACAAUUACACAGAUACUAUUAGACUAACAAAAUUGAUAAACAAAGGCUUAAGAAAUUGGGCUAUGCUUUUAGAACUGAGACAGGUUAGAAUUGCAAUUUAUUUGGUUUUUAUUUUAAAUGCGGCUUUAUGGUUUCUUUUUCAUUUCUGUUGAUUACACUUGGUUUAUUUAUUAAUCCCUUCGCCUAUCAAGAACCUUAGCUAGACUUAGAUAUAUAAACCAAAUAUACCCUCACCUAAAAUUCACUUUUAUAGAUAACGCAUCCAUCCAACUUACUACAUCUGCUACACCUAGAAGCUACCUAGAAAAUCGUUCAUUCGUUUUUUCCUGCAAAUUGUAGACAGUUUUUGAUACGAAAGCAUAGCAAUUUUUUACAGAGCGUUGCGACGAGAUUUAUAUUUGCGAGAGUAAUGAUGUGACCCUAGUGGAUGCAAAUAUCGAUGCAAGAAAUAGCGAUCCCCAUAGAUAGCUACCAAUUAAACAUACGAAAACAAUGUAAUUAUACAUAUAUACACAAACAUAACACGCGACACGUCUACACGUUUGCUUGCAAAUAUGUGGCUCAUAACAAUUGAAACAAUCUGUAUCAAAAGAAAGAUUAUAAAUGCCACUAGUAGUGGUAUGCACAGUUAAACAAUACAAGAGACCUUCUUUCAUCUCCAGUCUUUUCAAUCAUUUUCGAGGGUGUAUGAAGUAUCUCUUUAUCGUUCAUGUUUACAUUUUAUAUUGCAAUACUAAUAUACGACUCUACUUCUCUACUCUGACUGUGCGAAGCAUAAGAAAACUCAUACACGAAUUUAACGAAAAUUGAGAAGCAUUAGCAAUGGCUCAUUGUAAAACUUUUCGAAUAGUCCAAGAUUCUCCAAUCUAUGUUAUGCUACUUCUGGUAGUGCUUGUCAAAUAGGAUUGUACAAUACACAAAUCAAAUGACAUAUUUUUUAAAAAAUGAUUUAUUAAUUCCACAAAUGCUAACAUUUGUAUUGGAAGGUAAUGUAUCCUAUGAAAAGAGACGAUAUAUUAAAACGUGGCACAGCAAUUUGUGUGAUGGUACCAAAUUGAGGAUUUCAAUAAUCUUAAAUGAUCUCUCUUUCUUCACUGGGAGGUUUUCAAAUGAAAGUUCAUAAUAUCAGCCAACACCGAUAAACUAGCCGUCCAAAAAGGGAAUUUAUACUUCGUUUCUCAAGAAAAAAAUUAAAAGACGCAGGGAAUUCUUUCUAGCUGCUCAAAAAAGUCUGCAAUUGGUUGUCUUUUUUUGCCACCCUCAACGGAGUACAGAGAAUUAAAUAUUUACCGAUUCUACAAUUUAUUCAUUGAGCCUCACCUAGGCUGUAAUCUCAACAACCUCACUCGAACUCCCAUACUUUAAUCGGAAUCUCGAUGGUGUAAGCGUUAGCAAUCAAUGUUUCGAAUAAUUCAGUGGCGACCUUAUCAAAUCAUUGAUUUUUUCUAUCCGUUUCACUAAUUUGGGAGACAGUUUCAGACUCAAAACCAACACUACAGCUCCCCGAUGCUCGUCUCAUGAAUCUCAACUACAUGCAAUACUUGUACAGUGUAAAACAACUAGACCAAAAGAAUGUAUUUUUCUACUGCUGCUCAAUUGACUUACUAAAAUGAAAUGAAAAAAUAUAAACACACGCACACACACACUAUCAUAACGAAUAACGAAACACACGAUCCCUAGUACGAUAAUGUAACGGUGCUGUUAGAUGGUAGACAGCAUAUUGACCAAGAAAUGUUGAGCAUUUUUUACGAGACUCCAUC